CCAAAAUAUUUCGGGCUGAAAGUGUUUUAAGUGAGGUGACAUUUCUAAUGAGUGAGGUGGCAAAUCCAACUCGCAAAUUUCACCUCUGAUUCACAAUGAUCCCUAAAUUGGCAGUAACCGGCUACGAUUUCCAAUCCCUAUUGCUUUGAAUCUGCUCCCAUUUGAUUCUGCUAUCCGCCCAACCCCCCUACUUAAUUGUAGCGGGUUUCCGCUCAUCUACCUUACUUACCCUCUCUUCCCUCUUUCAAUAAAUUCAAUGCUCUUCACGUUUCCCUCAUAAACCGCUCAAUUCAUCUUCAUCUUCAUCUUCACAAAACCAACCACACUCUUCAAGUCUCAACAUGAUGGAUUGCUGCAUAAUCAGCAAGCUCAAAACCCAACCCUCAUGGUUCAUCGCGUUCUUCGCCUUGGGCCUUUUCACCAUUCUCAGAUUCACUUCCAUUUUCCUCAGAUGGGUUUACGUCAAUUUCCUCAGAGCACCCAAAAACCUCAAAAGCUAUGGAUCUUGGGCACUCGUCACGGGACCCACCGACGGCAUUGGUAAGAGCUUCGCCUUCGAGCUCGCUCGCAAGGGCCUCAACCUCGUCCUUGUCGGUCGGAGCCCUGACAAGCUCAAAGACGUGUCGGAUUCCAUUGCGACAAAGUUCGGGAAAACCGAGGUUAGGACUGUCGUUGUUGAUUUCGCCGGCGAUCUCGAUGAGGGUGUGAGGAAGAUUGAGGAAGCGAUUCAAGGGCUUGAUGUUGGGGUUCUGAUUAACAACGUGGGAAUCUCGUACCCUUAUGCGAGAUUCUUCCAUGAAGUGGAUGAGGAGCUUCUGAAUAAUCUGAUUAAGGUGAAUAUCGUUGGAACUACCAAGGUCACGCAAGCUGUUCUUCCCGGGAUGAUUAAGAGGAAGAAAGGUGCGGUUGUUAACAUUGGUUCUGGGGCUGCGAUUGUGAUUCCUUCCGAUCCGCUCUAUGCUGUUUAUGCAGCCACCAAAGCGUACAUCGAUCAAUUUUCCAGAUGUCUCUAUGUUGAAUACAAGAAGAGUGGGAUUGACGUGCAGUGUCAGGUUCCGUUGUAUGUGGCAACAAAGAUGGCAUCAAUUAAGAAAUCUUCAUUCUUCGUUCCAUCAACAGAUGGGUAUGCGAGAGCAGGUGUACGAUGGAUCGGACAUGACCCUCGUUGCACACCGUAUUGGCCUCAUACCCUUCUUUGGGCCUUGGCAGCGUCGCUGCCUGAGUUUGUUAUUGAUGCUUGGCGCCUCAGGUUUUGUUUGGCUAUCCGAAAGAGGGGACAGCUCAAGGAAUCAAGGAAGAAGGAAUAGAAGGACGCUUGUUUCUGCUGGUGCACUCAUAGAUGUUACUGAUAUAUUCGGAUACUAGUAGUUCAAUCCAUUUCAUGUGCUUGCUGUUUCUAAUCUUCAAUGUUGCUAGCUUUUAUGAAUAUUCAUUGUAUCAGUUGUAUGGCCUAUUCUUUUUCCUUCCCUGUCUUUGGAUGUUUCUGUAACACUGUUCUUAGAUGUUUGAACUGAUAUUUUGGCAUAUCACUUAAGCAACUUUUCUCUCGUCA